AAACGAAGCCGAAGAAAACGUUAGCGUCAUUUCCUGGUUGCUGUGCGACAAGCAACUGUAAAACUCGAAGCUCUGAACGCGGUCCUCUGUCAUAUAAAUCUGCGAGUGGUCUCUGCGUGAGGCGAGCGGCUUUUCCCGGUGAGUGAGAGAUUGAGCGUGAGGUCCGGAGCGCGCACAAUGAAUAAAAAGGGCUCUGAGAAAACACGCCAUGUGGUAGCCUGGCUUAACAAAGCGGAGUGGGAUCAGGUUCGGGACUACCUUUACUCGAUGGACUCCUCUCUGCAGAGGUUUGCGUUAGAGAGGAUAUCGGCUUGGAGGGCCAGGUGCGCUAAUAGUUUUCCCGUGGCCGUGGACUGCACAGCAGACCUCGUGCGCUGCCAGGUGCGGGACCGGUCCGGACAGCUUACCGGAGAUGACUUGACCCUGAUGUACGGGACGGCCCUGGUAAGAUUUGUUAAUCUUAUCACGGAUCGCCAGCAGGGGAGAAAGGCCCAGCCGCUGAGGCAACUGGCUGGAAACUUGAACAUCCCCGAGUGGGUGGUGGAUCUGAGGCACGAAAUCAUGCGUGGGACUCUUCCUUCUUUGAAAUGGUGCCGAAAGGGAUGUAAGGUGGCCCUGGAGUGGCUCCAGCAGGAGUUUUGGUCCAGACAGCUGGGAGGAGGCCCCGAUGAGCAGCUCGUUGCCAGGCAGAAAGAAGUGGAUGCCUGCAGAAACGCUCGGGAGCUGCUGAUCUCUUUUCAGAAGGACCAGUACCAAGCUUUUGAUGAUGGGUCUCCUGAAGACAAGGGGAAGAGCUUGUGGCAGGCCCCCUUAGCAGACAUGAGUUCGUUGCUGGGUGAGAUCAAGCAGUUUGCACUGGGGUCCAGGGAGCUGUUGAUUGAUGUGCUGCUGGAAGACGGUUUUCUUGUUCCUACCAUGGAGCAGCUGGAAGCAUUAGGCUGUGCAACAUCUGACAGUGCCAGUCCCACUGAGCCCAGAGUCCCACAAACCUUCCUGCGCUUUUGGCUGCCCCUGCUAAAGAUGCUUAACUCUUCGUCUUUCAUUCACCUCUUCCUGGAGAAGCUCUUUGUGGAACUGAAGCUGCUCAGCAAAGAGCCCAACGGUCACAGGUGUUUCUAUAUUUCUGCAUGGAUUUCAGAAGUCUUCCUCUGCAACAACAACAAAUUUGAAUAUCAUUUUGAGACAAGGUUGCAGAAGAAAGCCAGAAUGAAGGACAGGAUUUUCAUCGACCGCAUCAAGCUGAGGUGGCAGCAGCUUCUCUCUGCAUGUCUGGAUGCCCCCUGCAUCAGCACACCUCACCUGAUCCAGUUAGUCCUGGAUGACAUGGAGCAUCCCCCCCCUCAGGAAACCAGAGAGAAGCUGUUCCAGCUCUGCUCCAUCUACACACAGACAGAGCGCUCAGAGGCCAGCACACCUCUGCAGCAGCAGCAGCCCAUAUAUACUGUGAGUAUGCUGCUGGACCAGAUGCAACACUCCUCACCGAUGGACUCGGAGAGAAGUGAGGACCGCAAAUGGGCAGACGUGCAGGCUGAAAGAGCACUUGCCCUCAGACACGUAGCAGCAUCCCCGGGGCCUCGGCUCCAGCCCGGCCAGCUGAGGGCCUCCUCUGGAGCAACAGCGAGCUCAACAAACUGAAAUGUGGACUGAAGCUUUUUUAAGUUACUUGUGUUAUUUUUGUUACUUGUGUUAUUUUUUGUUUUAUGUUAAAUGGUAAAUGUUUUAUGUUAAGCACAAGAUUGUUGUUGUUGUUGUCAUUCCAGCCUCCGCUGACUCUUGUUGUGCUAGAAGCAGUUUUGAAGCAAAAAUACAAUAUUCAGAAGACAAAAUGUUGUGGAAUUUUAACCAUGAGCACAGUGCAGGUUCAGCAGUUGUGAUUGUUUCUGUCCAGUCGAGCUCGUUAACUAAACAUGUUGGCAGAAGCAGAAAUAAAACUUUCAGAAGACAAAA